AUGGAUUUAUCCAACUUAUCGUCAGAUCUCCCGCCAACAAAGCCCGUGAACCAAGCAUCAAUUAAUGAGUUGAAUAGGGAGUUAACGACGGAAUUUAAGAAUGCAGCAAAGUCAGUGGUGUCAUUGUAUAAUUCGUCGACGUCUGGUACUGCAAACAACUCUAAACAUAAGGUGGAAUUUGCUAAUGCCGCCAAGUCCGUAGCAGCGUUGUAUCGGUUAACAAAUAAUGGAAAUGGUUUGCAUCGUCAUAUGGGGUACUUGGAAUGUCUAGACGACCUACUCGGAGUGAUUACAAAUGGGGAAGAUAUCGAGAACUGGGCGUUGACAAAGCGGGCGGAAAUUACGAAUAUCAAUCAUGGACAAGGUGAUAGCAAUACAAAUAUAAAUGCGUCGAAUCAAGAGCAGAAGGAUGGCAAAGAAAGUAAGGAGACGCCCCAAGGUGGGGAUGAGGAAUUGCAUAUUCCUUUGGAUUAUGCGUUUUCUUUUUCACUGGAUUUGGCUCCGGGAUAUCAUUUUAGACCCAGCUUUCCUCCGUUAUCAGUUACUCAUUCUUAUAAACAAAGAGCAAACUUCAAACAAUUGAAGUCAUCGGACCAUAUUGCAAGAAUGAGAAUGCAUCAGAAACAAAAACAAUCACAAUCACAACAGCUGCAAUAUCAAUCUCUGGAAGACGUUUGCAGCACAUCGGACGAGGGUGAUAGCGAUUCAACCGACAGAGAUCACGAUGAAGUCGAUGCAAGGACUUCAAAAAAGAAAAAGUCUUUGGAAAAAGAUAGCGACAUUAAAAGAAGAAGACUUAAUGGACAAAAUGAGGCUUCAGUAAAAUCGCCCAAAAAAUGA